UCUGAGGACCUGUUAGAAACCACGUGGCCCUCGUCUGAUCUCACAGCUCGUCCUUGUUUGGCCUCAGCUGCAUCAGAGCGCCACUUCUCCCCAGGUUCACCAGAGGAAACACCACUGCACAAAAUGCUUUUCCUCCCAGCUGCUGCUCUGUGCUGUCUGUGUUCAGCGCUGGUUGCCAUGGCAGCAGAGCUGAGUCAGGAUCAUUUAACAUUGACCAGGAGAGUUGGUCAAACCGUCUCCUUCAGCUGUGGAGGAACUGACCAGUGUGACGGUUCUUAUGUAUUCUGGUACCAGAAGAAAGACACAGAAACAUUCAGAGUGAUUCUUGAUAUUGGUAGGAGUAGUGGUAACAUAGAUAAAAGUUACAAUCAUCCUCAGGAAGAUGAUUUCUCAGCUGUGAAUAAAGAGAACGGCUGGGAGUUGCAGAUCCAGACAGUUAAACUCAGUCAUUCAGCCACCUACUACUGCUCCUGUUAUAAGUCUGUCUACCUCAUCUUUGGCUCUGGAACUAAACUGUAUGUAACAGAUGAGCAGAUAGUGAAGCCCGUGGUGAGCGUGUACCCAGCAGCAUCCAGAGCCCACCUGGAGGGGAAGAGCUCCCUGCUGUGUGUGGCCUCAGACAUGUUUCCUCCUCUGGUCCGGUUCUCCUGGAAAAGACAAAAGGACAAUGGUCCUGAGGAAGACGUGACCUCUGCUGAGGGAGAGCAGCUGGAGCUCAGAGAGUCGGGACGCACCACCUCCAUCUUGCUGAUCCCUCAGCAAGAGAACAGCACAUAUAAAUACCGCUGCUCCGUCCAUCACGAGGGGGACACAGUGGAGGCCCAAACAGAACAAGAGGUUCCAGCUCCAGCAGCCUCCUGUCCUCCAGAGAGAGAGCCAGCAGACCUGCCAGCUCUGCAGCAAGCUGACUUGUCCUUCCAGUCUCAGUGCCAGGUGAAGCUGCUCUGUCUGAUGUACACAGUGCUGAUAGUGAAGAGUCUGGUGUACUGCUGUGGACUCUCUCUGCUGAUGAUCCUCAGAAACAAGGGACCGUCCACCAACUGCACACAUUCUGACUGACU